GCCGCGUAGGCCCCGGAGGCCGGGCCCCGGCGGGCUGCAGCUCGGGCCCCAUGCGCCGCCGCCGACGCCCUCACCAUGUUCCCGUCGCGGAGGAAAGCGGCGCAGCUGCCCUGGGAGGACGGCAGGUCCAGGCUGCUUCCUGGUGGAUUUCCCCGGAAAUGCUCUGUCUUCCACCUCUUCGUUGCCUGUCUUUUCCUGGGCUUCUUCUCCCUGCUCUGGCUACAGCUCAGCUGCUCUGGUGAUGUGGCCCAGCCGGCCAAGGGACAAGGAGGCCAGGAGACCCCCGGGCCACCCCGGGCCUGCCCCCCAGAGCCACCCCCUGAGCACUGGGAAGAAGAUGCAUCCUGGGGUCCCCACCGCCUGGCCGUGCUGGUGCCUUUCCGCGAACGCUUCGAGGAGCUGCUGGUGUUUGUGCCCCACAUGCAUCGCUUCCUGAGCCGGAAGAAGAUCCAGCACCACAUCUACGUGCUCAACCAGGUGGAUCACCUCCGGUUCAACCGGGCGGCGCUCAUCAACGUGGGCUUCCUGGAGAGCAGCAACAGUACUGACUACAUUGCCAUGCACGACGUGGACCUGCUCCCUCUCAACGAGGAGUUGGACUAUGGCUUCCCCGAGGCCGGCCCCUUUCACGUGGCCUCCCCGGAGCUCCACCCGCUCUACCACUACAAGACCUACGUGGGGGGCAUCCUCCUGCUUUCCAAACAGCAUUACCAGCUGUGUAACGGUAUGUCCAACCGCUUCUGGGGCUGGGGCCGCGAGGAUGACGAAUUCUACAGGCGCAUCAAAGGAGCCGGGCUUCAGCUUUUCCGCCCCUCGGGAAUCACCACUGGGUACAAGACGUUUCGCCAUCUGCAUGACCCAGCCUGGCGGAAGAGGGACCAGAAGCGCAUCGCAGCUCAAAAACAGGAGCAAUUCAAGGUGGACCGAGAAGGCGGCCUGAGCACUGUGAAGUACCGAGUAGACUCCCGCACCGCCCUGUCGGUGGGCGGGGCCCCCUGCACUGUUCUCAACAUCCUAUUGGACUGUGACAAGGCUGCCACACCUUGGUGUUCGUUCAGCUAAGUCGGCUAGACAGUAGGGAAGCAAUAGGCCACACUGCGGCUCAGGCUCAAGAGCGAACCUCAGGCCUUGGGCCAGGCUCCAGCAGGGUGUGGCGUGGCCUGAAGAAACAGCUGUAAUUUGCGGAUGCCCGCUCUACCCACCCAUGGACGCAGGCCACAGCCAGGACAGACACCCGAGGUGCUGGGGAUACUGCUGGCAGUGGACCGUGAUCAGAGAGAGGCUGGAAAGGGACUUGGGCUUGGCACUGUCCACCUGCCUUCCUGCCUGCCUGCCUGCCUUCACACGUGGAGGCCCGUCGGCACCAAGGAGCCUAGAACAGGACAGCCUGGAACCAGCCUCGCGUUCCUCAGCUCCCACUGGGCGGCCUCAUGAUAGUUCAGAUGUGAGAGGUGGCGGUGGGAAACGUUCACAAGCCCCACAGAAAGAGGCAGCUGACCAGUAAAGCCUGAUGGUCACCGCACAGGACUGUGGGCCGGCGAUCGCCAGGUGUCCUGAUUUUGCAAGAGAAACAAGAAUGCUGGGUUUUUAAGUGUU